CGUCUAUUGGUUGUAGAACACGCCGCGAAGGGGGCGGGGCCGCGCAUGCGCACGACCGAGCUUGGCCCCCGGCGGCAGUUGAAAAAUGGCGACUGUCGCCGAGCUGAAGGCUGUUUUAAAGGACACCUUGGAAAAACGGGGAGUAUUGGGACAUCUAAAAGCAAGGAUUCGAGCUGAAGUUUUCAAUGCUCUAGAGGAUGAAAGUGAAUCCCGGCCAUCACUAUCUCAUGAAAACCUUCUAAUUAAUGAAUUAAUUCGAGAGUACUUGGAAUUCAAUAAAUAUAAAUAUACAGCAUCUGUCCUCAUAGCAGAAUCUGGUCAACCCGUAGUUCCAUUGGACAGACAAUUUCUCAUCCGUGAACUAAAUGCAUUUGAAGAAUCAAAGGACAAUACAAUACCUCUUUUAUAUGGGAUUUUAGCGCAUUUCUUGCACGGAACUAAGGAUGACCUCCAAAACACAUUUUUGAAAGGGUCUUCUCUUCAACCUGCAAACCCAAAUCUUGGCAGACAUCCUAGUGGAAGAAAGCAAAUGGAUGACCAAGUAAGAAGAGAGAAAGGGAAAAGUACAAAUAUUGAAGAGUCUCACAUUUCUCAAGCAGUGAAGAGAUGACAUUUUCAUCUCAAAAUCUAUUCUUUUAAAAUUGUGUAUGUAUUAAAUAACUUAUUUAUUCUCCUGAUGUUAUCAGAAUGCACCACUAAUACUUUGUAGAAAUUUGAGUUUCUGGAAAUCAUCUAGACCCUCAUAUUUACUGCAUUUUGUGAAUAAAAGCUAACAAUGC